AUGGAGUUUGAUCUUGAAAACCCACUAGCCAUCUUCAAUGAAGAGGAAAGCCGUAAUAUAUCAGAACUCUUUGAAUCCGAAUCUGAUCACAUUCUCUCACCAAACUCUCCAAGUUCAACAAGUUUUCACGUUUCUUUCAGUCGUGAAGCCAUUUCUCUCAUACAUAAGGUGAAAGUUAGGGUCCAUAUAGUCCAGCUUUCAUGCAAUUUGGACCCAUUUGUUGCUUAUCUUGCUAUAAAUUACUUGCACCGUUUCAUAUCAAGGCAUGAAAUUCCAGGGAAGCCGUGGGUACUAAGGCUCGUUGUCAUAUCAUGUCUUUCUCUAGCGUCAAAGAUGAAGAACACACCUUUAUCACUUUCCCAUAAUAUCCAGAACAAAGGUUUCAUCUUUGAUGCUCGAAGCAUUCAAAAAAUGGAGCUUCUAAUUCUUGGGGUUCUGAAAUGGCGUAUGAGGUCAAUUACACCUUUUCCUUUCUUGCGCUUCUUCAUCUCUUUGGCUGAAAUCAAAGACCAGUCACUGAAACAAGCACUUAAAAAGCGAGCUUCAGAGAUAAUCUUCAAUGCUCAUAAUGACAUUAAGCUAUCAGAGCAUAAACCUUCAACUAUUGCUGCAACUGCUCUUAUAUAUGCGUCUAAUGAACUAAUCCCGCAUCAAUAUUUUAUCUUGAGAGGAACAAUUACAGCUUGUGAGUAUCUAGAUGAGGAGGCAUUUUCCAAGUGCUAUGAGUUGAUGCAAGAGAUGGUGAGAAUGGAAGCAAAUGAGUCAACUAUAGAUACAAGCUUUUUAAGCACUGAAACUCCAAUGAGUGUACUGGAGAGAAGCUCCAAACGGUAG